UAAUAGUUAUAAUCAGAGAAUAUAUUUUGUGUGAUAAUUGUUGGUGUGUUAAAGUGGCCGGACGAACUUUUGUGUUGUAUGGAAGAGACAAUUGCCAUGUCUUGAGUUUGUGUGUGUGAUUGAGUGUUACGUGAAUGAUCUGCUGAACUAGUCAUGGUCUUCGAGCAGUAAGAAGAAGUUGAUAGUUAAAAAAAAGGAAAAUAUGAAACUGUUACGUAUUUUUUUCUUGGCGAUUUUGGCUUAUGUUGUCACUGCUGAGACGGUCUAUCAGAUUGGUUUCCUGGUGAAUGAUAAUAAUUUGCAGAACAUUAUAAAGGAGCGUGUGCAAUAUUACAACAUGCAUCAUGCGAUAUUGUUGGGCUCCAGCAAAAUAAAUGCAUCAUGGUAUAAUCUUUCGUCCAAUCCAGUUCAAGCUACUACAGAUAUAUGCGAACAUUUGAUCCGUAAUAAAGUGUACGCAGUUGUUACAACAAAUGCUUACAACUCAAGUAGCUCUCCAGAUAUUGUCUCGUACGCAUGCGCGUUUUAUAACAUACCAACGAUUGCAGUGCAGGCGAGACAAUCAGAGUUGUCAGAUAAGACAUUACAUCCCACUCUGCUCCGUACUGUACCACCGUACUCCGAUCAAGCGAGAGUAUGGGCCGAUUUGAUUCGUCAUUUAAAAUGGAACAAGGUCAACCUGGUUACCAGUAACGAUUAUGAUGGUCGGAUCACAUACAUCAAAUUUACAUCUUGGGCUUAUAAAUACAGCAUUGUUAUCGAAAAAUCUAUCAUGUUUCCUGCAGGUACCACAAAUCUUUCAUCUUACUUAGAACCGUUGAACGAGACACAAUCCAAAGUUAUAUUGCUUGCCUGCAGUUCCCAAGAUGCAUCAGCAGUUUACAAAUCUUCACACGAUUUGGGAAUUACAGGAAAAGGUUACAUAUGGAUAUCCAAUCAGCAAGCAGUAACAGGCAAUGCAUUGCCAGCAGCACCUCAAGGCUUACUUGCAGUCACAUUAAAUCAAGAAAAAGAUAUAGAAGGCCACAUACAAGAUGCGAUUGACGUGAUCGUCAUGACUCUUGCUAAACUUCAGAAAGAUAAAAAACUUACAGCUCAACCACCUGCAUCAUGUCAUGAACCAUCGGCUCAGUGGAAGGUCGGAGAAACGCUCUACGAAUCACUUAUAAAUGAAACGAUUACUGGUCAGACAGGAUCCGUUAGUUUUGAUUGGUAUGGAGACAGGAAGAACCCGAAAUAUAACUUGAUGAACGUGGUCGCAAAGAAAGGCCUACCAAAUUAUCUACAAAAUGUUGGCUAUCUUGUUGACAGUACCGACAUUGAAGUAAACUUGACUGAUAUUUUGUGGCCUGGUAACCAAACGGAUGUACCAGCUGGUGUGUUUAUAUCCAAUCAUCUAAGAAUCGUAACGGUGGAAAGUCGACCAUUUAUAUAUGUCAAGAAAAUGCCUGCAUCUAAAAAUUGUACAGUUUUGGAUCUAGAAAAGACGAAUAAAAAUCACAAACACGUCCCUUGUCGUGGGCCAUCUCGAGAUUUUCCUGAAGAAGUUUAUGGGCGUGAGCAUUGCUGCACAGGUUUUUGCAUCGACCUGCUGAGAAGACUUGCUAAGCGUGUAAAUUUCACUUACGACUUGCACUUAGUGGAAGAUGGACAUUUUGGAUCUUUGAAACGCGUAAAUGGGAGCAAUAUCAAACGUUGGAAUGGCAUGGUUGGAGAAAUUGUGGAAGGACAAGCUGAUUUGAUAGUAGCAUCACUAACCAUCAAUAACGAACGUGCUCAGUAUAUCGAGUUCUCUAAACCUUUUAAAUAUCAAGGAAUUACAAUCCUGGUGAAGAAAAACACAAACAAAAGCAGCUUGGUUUCCUUUCUACGACCUUUUAAAACCGAACUUUGGCUUCUAGUUUUGUUAUCUGUUCAUGUCGUCGCCGUAAUUUUAUAUUUACUGGAUCGAUUCAGUCCAUUUGGCCGGUACCGAUUGGCACAGUCUAAUAAGGAAGAAACAGCUUUAAAUUUAUCCAGCGCCAUGUGGUUUUCAUGGGGAGUUUUAUUGAACAGUGGAAUUGGGGAAGGCACUCCACGAAGUUUCAGUGCAAGAGUUCUUGGUAUGGUAUGGGCAGGUUUUGCUAUGAUCAUUGUCGCAAGUUACACAGCUAAUUUAGCUGCAUUUUUAGUACUGGACCGUCCAAAGCCUGUUGUGAGUGGGGUUGAUGACCCGAGUCUUCGUAAUCCGUCGGACGGCUUUAAAUACGCAACCGUCGCCAACAGUAGUGUUGACGCUUAUUUUAGACGUCAAGUCGAACUUUCAAGCAUGUAUACGUUCAUGGAGAAGUAUAACGUAGAAACUGAACAGCAAGGAAUCGACAUGGUCAAAUCUGGCGAUCUAAAAGCUUUUAUAUGGGAUAGUCCGGUUUUGUUUCACGAGACGUCUCAAGACUGUGACGUGUCGACUGUCGGAGAUUUAUUUGGUCGCUCUGGUUACGGUAUUGGUAUGCCAAAAGGUUCACCUUGGAGUAAUGAAAUAUCAUUGGCAGUCCUUCAUUUUCAUGAGAGCGGUACCAUGGAGGAGUUAGAGUCGACAUGGAUAGAUUUUGGAAAUUGUCCCAGCGAUUCUAAUUCUCCCACUACCCUGGGAUUAAAACAUAUGUUAGGUGUAUUCAUAAUGGUAGCUGCUGGCAUUGGGGCAGGCAUUAUUAUCGUGAUAUUGGAAGUGCUUUACUACAAACACAAAGGCUGGCGUAAACAACAACAAAAAAUAUUGAAGAAAACUACCGAGCAAUGGCAGGAACAUGUUCAAGAUCGAAAAAAUCGUUUCGACAACUCUUACCAAAUGAAUUCGCGUAAUGGCAGUACAAACGAAAACAAUUCGACGCAAGUGAAUGGCAAUCUCGAAAAAAAUGGAAAUUCUGUUAGCCACCAAAACCCGGUGUACGAAACAGCCGAAGAACAACAAUUCUAAGUAGAAAAAAAGAGACAAAUGCUUCUAUUUUGUAAAUAAACAGAUACAUAGAUAACAAACUGUCUUAAUGAUGAAUCGUGCGCAUCCUUUUCUUCACCAAAGUAGUCUCAGUGCUGCACGUUAGAGAUUCACACCAGCAGUGUAAAAUAAAUAAUAUUUUAGAAAUAAAUCACAUAGUUGGAA